UAUUCUUCCAUUGACUAAAUUAAGCCUCUUCUGCAGUUUCUUCUCUCUCUGUCUCUCCCCCGAUGGACCCAUAUCCAGAUUGCCCUCCUCUUCCUUCUUUGACAUUUCCUAAUUUCCAAAUUGAUGUUGGGACUUGUUUCAUUUCUGGCAUAUAUAUACCCCCAACAAGACUUGGUCAUGUCUCUGUUUCUCCUCUCUCCUUUUGCUUUUGCCAUUACAUGUGAUCAGAUCAUUUAGAGGUUUAGUUGCCAGGGAAAGCACUAUGGGGAACUUGUGCUUUAAACCAGCAAAGUGUGCUCAUGCUUCUUCCAACAACUUCCCUGUCCCUCCUGGAGGUACAAAGUACAAUGGGAAGGAACAGCAGGAUUUAGCAUCCUCCAACCAGGACAGACCAUUGGGUGGUCCCAAUACUAAAGCUCUAAUAGCACCCAAUGCAGCUGAUACAUGUGUUCCUAGCACCCUUAAGUCCUUUAGUUUCAUUGAUCUCAAGAAUGCUACUAGGAACUUCCGCCCAGAUAGUCUACUUGGAGAGGGAGGGUUUGGGUGUGUCUUCAAAGGCUGGAUUGAUGCAAACACCUUGGCUCCCACUAGACCAGGAACUGGCUUGGUGGUGGCUAUCAAGAGGCUCAAGCGAGAAAGCUUUCAAGGUCACAAGGAAUGGCUUGCAGAAGUGAACUAUCUUGGUCAGUUUCACCAUGAAAAUCUUGUUAAACUCAUAGGGUAUUGCUCAGCAUCUGACAAUAGACUUCUUGUUUACGAGUUUAUGCCCAAGGGAAGUUUGGAGAAUCAUUUGUUUAGGAGUGUACAGCCUAUACCAUGGGCUAUGCGGAUGAAUAUUGCAAUUGAUGUUGCAAGGGGGUUGUCCUUUUUACAUAGUUUAGAUGCUAAUGUUAUCUACCGUGACUUGAAAGCUUCCAACAUUCUACUUGAUUCAGAUUUCAGUGCAAAGCUAUCAGAUUUUGGUUUAGCAAGGGACGGUCCUACUGGAGACAACACUCAUGUUUCAACCAGAGUCGUGGGAACUAGAGGCUAUGCUGCACCAGAAUAUGUUGCUACAGGUCACUUGACACCAAAGAGUGAUGUGUACAGCUUCGGUGUCGUUCUGUUAGAGCUACUAUCAGGAAGACGAGCAAUGGAUGAUGAGAGAGCUGGGAGUGUGGAGGAAACACUGGUGGAUUGGGCAAAGCCAUUUUUGAUUGAUAGUAAACGAGUUCUGAGAAUCAUGGACACAAGGUUGGGGGGUCAAUAUCCGAAGAAAGCCGCCCAAGCUGCAGCCGCACUUGCUUUGCAGUGUCUUCAUACAGAUCCAAAGAAUAGGCCACUCAUGAUCGAUGUUCUAGCCACAUUGGAACGACUCCACUCAAAGGAGAUAGUGCGGACUCAACAACCUAAACUAACCCCUCAUGGGGUUAAGCAUUCGAACCAUCUCACAAGAUAACGAGUUCAAAUUAAAACUUGGAAUGAAUUGUAUGUGGUUUCCUAGUACUCUGUAUAAUAGACGUAGCAGAAGGUGUGUUUUUUGGUGCCUGGGUAUACAAAAAGGAAUGAAAAAUGGGGAAGACAUAUUAGUCAUACAUGUUGGUCUUGAAAUUGUACAAUGUAUCAGUUUGUUAACUUCUGCUUUGCUUCACAAGUACAUUAAUAUUAUCAACUUCAAAUAA